AGUUUUUUCACUGAGCGCGCUCGCCGCCGACUGUGCCGUUGGUUCCAGCCGCUUCCGUUCGUCACGGUGUUUCUGCUCGGGUCGCCCCUCAUCUUCAUCGCCUGUGCUUCUCGUAGCCGGGGCCCGCCUCCUGUUCCCACCACCACCGUCGCCGCUCCCAGUCCCGUCACCGUAUCCUACCGCAACCUCCGCCCCAUCCCACCGUUACCUCAGCCGCCGUCAUCGCCAUCAUGUCGGGCGGACUUCUGAGCGCGCUGCAGAGCGACUCCUAUGUGGAGCUCGGCUGGUACCGCGACCAGCACUUCCGAGGUAAAAUGGACGACCAAGAAAAGUUAUUAAAGAAAAGCUGCACGCUGUAUGUCGGGAACCUGUCCUUUUACACCACGGAGGAACAGAUCUACGAACUCUUCAGUAAAAGCGGGGACAUCAAGAAGAUAAUCAUGGGCUUGGAUAAAGUAAAGAAAACGGCCUGCGGUUUCUGCUUCGUGGAGUACUACUGCCGCGCCGACGCCGAGAACGCCAUGCGGUACAUUAAUGGGACUCGCCUGGAUGACCGGAUUAUCCGCACGGACUGGGAUGCGGGCUUCCGGGAGGGCAGGCAAUAUGGAAGGGGUCGGUCUGGGGGCCAGGUGCGAGAUGAGUACAGACAAGACUAUGACGCUGGGAGAGGAGGCUAUGGGAAAAUAGUUCAAAACCAGUGAGUGCUUUAAAUCCAUCAUUUGAAAAAACAAAACAACUCGGCCUUGUUGACCGAUCCUGAUGGUUCUGAAAACAGCAAACUUUUAACAAACUGUAAUUUAUUUCCCUACUUCUGCCCAAGAAUUAAACUGGCAACCUCUUGACUUCUCACAUUGAAAAUCAUUAGGUGACAAACUGAGAAAAGUGACUUUGGGCUUGGCGUUGGAGCCUUGAACAGUAACUGAGCAGUACUGUAUUAUUUAUUAACUCAAUCUAGCAAAAUUGGCCUUCAGUUAGAAAAUGACCACGUUGCUGUUCAACAUUUAAGGGAUUGUAGUGAUCAUUUUAUAAUAACAGUUCUAAUGUUGCUGUGAAUUAGGGCCAUUUUUAUUUCUGAAGUUUUUUGAAAAUGUUUCAUCUUUUCCAAGGUGACUUCUAAUCCACAAAAAUUCAAAAGUUAUUAAAAACAUACCUAAAUA